AUGGCUUCCCAGCCCGGUCCCUCAACCGGCGACCCAUAUCACUCGGUCCCAAUUCCCACCAACCCUUCAUUCCUCGACAAAGGAUACGGUCUGCCGACCACCUCCGGAUAUCCACCGCCGCCGAGCGACUAUACAACCACGCUCGGGAAUCCAACCGAGGCGUCUCCUUUGUCCCGUUCGAUGCACCAAACUAGCCGCUUCAACGAAGGCUUCGACACCCCUUCGCGCACUAACUCCGUAAUGAGCCAUUCGAUGUCCCCGGAUCUGUACCGGUCGUCGUCGCGAGCAUCCAACGCGAGCCAGGGCGCGCUGCCGUCGCGGGGCAAUACGAUCAAGAAGCAGGCGUCAGUGCGCCGGAAGUCGAGUCUCAAGAGGAAAGGAAGCAGGCGGAGUAUUCAUGCGGGGAGUAUCAAGGGAUAUAGCCCGACGGAUGACGCACCGGGGGAGUCGACGGGAUUGACGAAUAGCGCAUUUCAUACGCCGGUUCCGACUUCAGGAUCGCCGACAGAUAUCCUUGCGAACCGGUUUCAAGCAUGGCGCAAGUUCUUGAAAGAUCUAAUCACGUACUUCCGCGAACUCCAAAAUUCCUACGACCAGCGCGCGAAGGCGUUGUUAAAAGUCUCGAGCGUCAUUAACAACGUCAAUGCGCCGUCCGUGUUUCUAACCGACGGCGGGAUCAAUGACGCCAAUCGGAUCCUGCGCGACUACCAUAAACAAGCGUUGGUGGAGUCGAACAAGGCCCGGGACAUGGAAAACGAAGUCAUCGCGCAGCUCAGCGGACUCCGCGCCGAUCUGUCGCAAAAGAUCAAAGAGAUCAAAUCUCUGGCUGGCGACUUUAAGAAUUCGGUGGACAAAGAGAAAGAUCAAACGAGGAAGGUGGUCACGGUACUCGAGGAAGCCCUCGCGGCUGUCGAUACGGAUCCGUCCUCUGUAGUCGGCAAAGAUGAUCCGUUUGUGAUUCGGUUGCGAGUCGAUAGACAGGUUGAGCGACAGAUUGAUGAGGAGAAUUACCUCCACAGGGCAUAUUUGAACUUGGAGGGUUCAGGACGGGAGCUGGAGUCCAUUGUUGUCGGCGAAAUCCAGAAAGCAUAUAAUGCGCUGGCUAGUAUUCUGAAGCGGGAUGCCGAUGAAUCCUACUCUACCGUCGACCUGCUCCGCUCGGGUCCGAUCGCGAUGCCAAAAGAGUACGAGUGGACGACAUUUAUCGGCCGUGAUCCACACUUUAUCAGCCCAGAUCUCCCUCUGAGGCGGAUUGAAGAGAUCGAGUAUCCUGGGAAGCAUCACCCUGCCGCUACGGAAGUUCGCGCUGGCAUGUUGGAACGGAAGAGCAAAUACCUGAAAAGUUACACACCUGGAUGGUAUGUGCUGUCACCUACGCAUAUCCAUGAAUUCAAAUCGGCCGACCGUAUCUACUCCCAACCUCCGGUCAUGUCGCUCUACCUUCCCGACCAAAAAGUCGGCUCGCAUUCCCAACCGGAAUCCUCAUCGCACAAAUUCAUCCUCAAAGGGCGCCAAACCGGAGCCAUGCACCGCGGUCACACCUGGGUGUUCCGCGCCGAAUCGCACGAGACCAUGCUCGCCUGGUACGAAGACAUCAAAGCCCUCACCGAACGCUCCGGCGAAUCCCGCAACGCCUACGUCCGCCGCCACGCCCGCAGCAUCAGCGCCGGCAGCGCCCGAUCCAUCAGCGGCGACAGCGCGCUCGAAGAAGACGAAGCCGACGAGGUGCCAUACUCCGCCAACUCAUCGACGCUGUCCAACCCCCGGGUCGCCGAGCACGAUCCGAAGACAGAGCGCGGACCGCCGCGACCGCAACCAGGUGGGCGAUUCCCGUCUGAUGUCAAGAUCACACCGCACUUACACGCCCCGCUUUCGGCAUCUAGUGGGAGCUCCGAGAUCGACCAUGACCUGAGCGCGAUGGCCGGUGGCCUCCACGAAGCCAGCCUGGCCCACCCGCCGUCUCCUUCGAAUCCUGCUCUACAACACGGUCAUGCCGCGAGCCCGACCCCAUCGGGGUACGACGCGUAUCACCCGCCCGUCAACCAUCAGCAAUCGCCGAGCCCGGGCGGGAUGCCGAGGAUGACCUUGACCGAUACCUCAUACCUCCCUCGAAACCCACGCGCCGACCCUCCGAGCGCCGGCUACGCGUCCGAGCAAUCGACGAACGCGGCGAAUCCAGAUAGCUUGCCACACCACCCUUCAAACCCCGGCUCGGAACAAAAUGGAUAUCUCACCGGCGGCGCGAGCGCGUUCGGAACUGCAUCCGCCCGGUCGAUGAACGCGGGCCACGAGCCCCCUCCGCGCAUCAACCCGGUUUACGCAAACUCCACCGAGCCGCUAAUAAGUCCGAGCACGCUUCCUACAACUCCGUCCAACGACUCGAUAUCGAUGAUGAAAGGGGUAGACGGGACGGAUCCGGAAAAGAAUUAUUUCCGGACGUAUAGGACGCAUAGGGAGAGCAGUGGUAGUAGUUUUGAUCUGCCUGGUGGGUAUCCUAGAGGGGGUUGA